UGUGAUAAUUGUACAAACAAUACUCAGUGAUUGUUUAUUGUUAUUCUUUUCACCUUUUUGAUGUAGAAUACACACCCGCGAAAUUCGAAUUCCAAUUCUGGUGUUCUUAUUCCGAGUCGUGACUAGUUUGGGUGGAGUUCAAUUAUUUUCCGAUUCAGAACAUCAUAAUUGGCGUCGCAGUCAGCGUUUAUUUCCAAAUGAAUACAACCAUCGAAUUCUUAAACGUAAAUGCAUCUCCCCGGGAGUUACAAGAAUACAUGGAGAGAUUCGAGUUAUGGUGGCUCACAAAAGAUGACCUUCGCGAAGAUCUUAAAUCUGCCCACUUUUUAACUGUUAUUGGACGAGAGGCGUAUACGCUUCUAAAAAAUCUGGCUUACCCACAGCUGCCAUCGAAAUUAUCAAAUGACAAGUUGCGGGACCUCCUUUUAUCUCACUUACUACCGGAAAAUUUCGUGGUUGCCGAAAGAGUAAAAUUCAACUUGCUGAUCCGUCAACCUAAUCAGUCUAUUCGUGAUUUUAUUCUCCAACUUCAAUCUCAAGCAUCAUCUUGUGCAUUUGGAGACAAACUUGACGAAUGCCUCAGAGAUCGCCUAAUUGCUGGAAUAAAUAAUCCCGAUUUAUAUCGUCAGCUCCUAUCACUUCCAUCGCCGACUUACAAUCACGUAAAAUCCAUCUGUUUGCAUUAUCAGGAUGUUUCUGAUAUUACAAGAAGCCAGACGACUGUUGAUCAUCAAGUCUUGUUUGGCUCAGCCAGUCGCCGAGUUCAUGCCGAGAAGAGAAAACCGUGGCAAAUCAACUCUUUCAAACCACACGGAAUUAGUCUAUCUCAUGCACCGAGAAAUUCAGACAGUUUAAAGUGUGGUCAAGCUGAUAGAAAGAUUGGACAAUGUGUCUCUUGUGGAAAGUUGCAUUCACGGUAUACCUGCCCGCAUCGGAAUUCCAAAUGUCAUCAUUGUGGGAAUGUUGGACAUAUUCGUAGUGUUUGUCGCCAGUUCAGACGUUGUAAUGUUGUGAAACAAGUUGAUGAUUCCACAGAGAACUUGCCCGACGAUUUUCAUUCGCUGACAUUGGCUGUGAAUACGAGUGGCCAUUUAUACAACACUUUACGUUUCGGAAAUGGUAUGUCACAUCGUUUCAUUGUUGACACCGGUAGCGUAGAGUCUCUUAUUUCUAAAACGAGUCUCGAUCAUCUGUACCCUGACGCUCAGCUUGAUUCUACGCUCAUCACUAUUAAAGGUAUUACUGGUCAUAACAUUCCGGUGAUAGGAUGUUGUACCUUACCAGUGCUAGAUAAGCAGUUGAAAUCUGUCGAGUGUAAAUUUGUUGUCAUUCGUCAAGGCCCGUCCAUACUCGGUCUUAAAGUUAUGCAAGCACUUAAAAUAAGUGUCAAUUUUCUGUCACAUACUGAUACUGAAACCCAAAUUCUUGAUUUAGUACACGAUUGUUCGGUUACCUCUGGUGGAAUGAGAAUUCCGCCUGUUAAGUUGGAAGUGGCCGGUGAUCCAGUUUUCUGUAAACGACGUGUACUUCCAUUUGGACUUAGAGAACCUGUUCGAAAGGUACUUAUGUCUCUUUGUGAAUCAGGAAUUCUCGUCCCAGUACAAAGUUCACGAUGGGCCACACCUAUUGUCACACCGUUAAAGCCGGAUGGACAGACACCGACAGUUUGUGGUGAUUACCAUGUCACUCUUAAUACGAAGCUGCUGCAGCUUAGUUGUGUCACGGAAGAACCUGCUUCUAUUCUCUCGCGUCUACACGGAUCCAAGAUUUUCUCGAAGCUAUACUUAAAAGAUGCAUAUCUGCAGAUACCACUGACUGAUGAGUCUAGUGAACUGACCACAAUCAAUACACCUUUUGGGUUGUAUCGCUAUAGAUUUCUUCCUUUUGGUCUUAAUGUGUCGCCAGCCAUAUUCCAAGAUGUAAUGAACUCCAUUGUGAAAGAUCUGAAGGGUGUUGAGGUCUAUCAAGACGAUGUUUUUGUACAUGCUGUUAACAAACCGACACACGACUACCGAGUACUGGCACUUUUAACUCGCUUCAAGGAUGCUGAUGUGAAUAUCAAUCCUAAGAAGUGCUUAAUUGGUGUCCAUGAAAUCAGUCGUCUUGGUUAUCAGGUUACAUCUGAAGGAUUCAAACCAGAUCUUGAUCGGAUAAAACCAUUGGUUGAUGUGAAGUCCCCCACCAAUGUUCAUGAGCUUCGAUCACUGAUGGGCGCUUUACAGUACUAUUCCAAAUUCAUUCCUGGUUUUGCAUCCAUUGCUGAUCCUUUAUUCACCUUGUUGAAUGACGAGAGUUUUGUUUGGUUAGACAGACAUGAACAUGUUCUUCGGUAGCUUUUAAAAAUUCUUGCAUCUGGUUGUGUUCUUCACACCUUUUCUCCUAAAUUACUUACUGUGCUUUUCACAGACGCUUCACCCACUGGUAUUGGGGCUGUGUUAGAGCAGAAUGGACACCCCGUUCUGUGUAGUUCCAGUCGACUAAGCAAUGCUGAAAAAGGAUAUGCUCAGACUCAUCGAGAAGCUUUGGCUGUAUACUGGGCAGUCACUAGACUUCACAAAUACUUGUUUGGCCUCAGAUUUACCACUGUGACAGAUCAUGAAGAUCUGAAGUUCAUUUACAAUCCUUCCAGUUCUUUAGCUAAGUCUUCAGCAGCCAUGGUCUAAUGGUGGAGUGUUGCCCUUAGUGCGUAUAACUAUAUGGUCGAGCACAGAAGUGCGAAGCUCAUUCCUCACGUCGACUACUUAUCACGUACUGCAACGAUAUUUGAAACCGAUUCUGAAAUGAGUUGUUUACUCACCCAGCCGCUUACAAACUCUCGUUCUGCCCUUAUCAAUGAUACUAAAAGGUAGUAUGGGUCAUUGAUUUCUGCUGUCAAACGUGGUUGGUCGGUUUCUCUCAAACGGAAGUUCCCACAAUUUUAUGUGCGUCGUGAUGAAUUGUGUGUUACACCUGAUGGAUUACUAUGUGUAAAUGAACGCAUUGUUAUCCCGCGGACUUUGAGAUCAGCUAUUCUAACGGAUUUACAUUCCGGUCACCUUGGUGUUGAAAAGAUUAAGUCUUUAGCUCGAUGCUUGUGCUGGUGGCCUGAAUUAAAUGCAGAUAUUCGACGAACUGCUUCUGGUUGCCCGAACUGUAAACACAAAAUUUUACGGCAACCGUCAAAGUGGACACCAUGGCCGAUGACAUGCGAGCCCUGGCAAAGGGUACAUAUUGAUUAUUGUGGACCAUUUCUGCAGAAGUACCAUGCUCUUGUGGUGGUGGAUUCUUAUUCAAAGUGGCUGGAGGUAUUCCUGACUGAUAAACCAAAUUCUGCUUUUACUCUCCGUGCCUUGAGAAAAGUGUUUAGUAGAGAAGGAGUCCCAUUAGCAGUGGUACGUGACAAUGGUUCGCACUUUUCGGCUCCAGAGGUUACUAAUUGGCUUCAGAGCCUUGGGUGUCGCCACCUUUUUACCGCUCCACGACAUCCAUGUUCUAAUGGCCUAGCGGAAAACUUUCUUGCAACCUUAAAACUUUCUAUUACCUCCUGUGCUCCUACUUCUUUUGAUGAACUUGAUCGUUGUGUUGAUAACUUCCUUCUUCAAUACCGUAAUUGCGUGCAUUCCUCUACUGGAGAUACACCUGCCAAACUUUGUAAAUCCAGACCAUUGAGGUCAAACAUGCUUGGCUUGGGGACUGCUGAAGUAUCUUAGUUCAGAGGCAAUGAUUUACGUCCCUCAUCUGGUAUCAUUGUUAACAACAUUGGAAACCGCAUGGUUAGAAUUUUGGAUCUCGAUGAUUGUUCUGUACACAGACGGCAUGUUGACCAGAUACGAUACAAGGAUUCCGGUCAGUUGUCAUUCGAUUCAGUGUGCACUGAAAAUACUAAUGUCCAUUCAGUUUCAGAUCCUCAUGAGUAUUCUGAGCAAAAUCAGCCUCCAAGAAGAUCUGCCAGAUUGCAACAGAAACCACAGCUGAAUUACAGAAACCUGGAGUUGCAUUCAAGCUGCGGAGGAUGUGAUAAUUGUACAAACAAUACUCAGUGAUUGUUUGUUGUUAUUCUUUUCACCUUUUUGAUGUAGAAUACACACCCGUGAAAUUCGAAUUCC